UGUGACGUGAUUUACAGAUCUACAAAUCAAAUUAGAGAAUCAGCGGCUGUGGGAAGUUUGUUGCCAGGUGUCUCUGCGCUACACGAAGCCGAACCUCGCGCAGGGACCAGCAACAGAGCUCUGAACCGGACAGACAGGAGAACAUGAGCUUCUUAUUCGGGAAUCGUUCGUCUAAGACGUUUAAGCCGAAGAAGAAUAUUCCCGAAGGUUCUCAUCAGUAUGAGCUGCUCAAACAUGCUGAAGCCACGCUGGGCAGUGGGAACCUGCGGAUGGCCGUCGUGCUUCCUGACGGAGAAGAUCUGAAUGAAUGGGUGGCCGUCAACACGGUGGAUUUCUUUAACCAGAUUAACAUGCUUUACGGCACCAUCACGGAUUUCUGCUCGGAGGACAGCUGUCCGGUCAUGUCUGCAGGACCAAAAUACGAGUAUCACUGGGCAGAUGGGACCAACAUUAAGAAGCCUAUAAAGUGCUCGGCUCCCAAGUACAUUGAUUAUCUGAUGACGUGGGUUCAAGACCAGCUGGAUGACGAGACCCUGUUUCCUUCUAAAAUAGGUGUCCCCUUCCCCAAGAACUUCAUGUCUGUGGCCAAGACCAUCCUGAAGCGUUUGUUCAGAGUUUAUGCUCAUAUAUAUCAUCAACACUUUGACGCGGUCAUGCAGCUUCAGGAGGAAGCUCACCUCAACACGUCUUUCAAACACUUCAUCUUCUUUGUACAGGAGUUUAACUUGAUCGACCGUAAGGAGCUGGUGCCUCUUCAAGAUCUCAUUGAGAAGCUCACAACAAAAGACAGAUAAACUGAGACAAGGAGGGGAAAAGAAGUUAACAAUGAAGAAACCGUGAUCCUGCUCUCUCUUCUGACUCUCUCUUCUAUCUUUUGCUUUGUACAGAUGAUUUUAACCCCGUAGCACUGCUAGGCGAACCGUAGUGAAGUGAAGGAACGGCACAAUACUAAUAUUUCUAAAUGCAUCAAACCUGAUUUUCGGCAUUUGAUGACAAAAUGAUGCCUGGAUGAAAUGGUUGCAUAUGAUUUUAAUCACAUUAUUGGUUGAGUUCGGUCACUGAAACUGAACUUGUACAGACUACAGGGAUCCGGUAUGGUGCCCGUGUUAAAGCAGUGAAUAGGUGAUUCGCUUUCUUUGACCAGUGUGAAUGUUAAAGGCUGUUUGAUUCUUUAAUUCUGUAAUCCUGACGGCAAAAAAGAUGGAGUUAAAUAGCUUAAGUCGGUUUUCCUAUGCAAUAAUGAUCUUGUUAUUUGUCCUCACUGAUGUUACUGGACAAAAUUGUUGUUUGAAGUUCAUAUCUGAGAAAUAAAUAUAUUUCAUAUUUAAUAUAGGUCACUAUGAAGUAUUUUAGCCAGGUUUUCAAUAAUAAAUAUGAAGUGUGCAUGCUGGGAUUGCUGCUUUGUUGGACCCAGAUGGCUGAUGGGAAGUGUUGGCUUAUGCCAUGCGUCAAAGAGACGAAAAGAAAUGUAUGAUGACAGCUCAGAGUCUCUGAUAAGAUAUUUGUUUGCACAAGCCACUGCUGUGUCAGUUUUUAUUUUUAUUUUAUUUUUAUUUCUUUUCUUUUCUUUUUUUUUUGUCAUAAAGCAUUGGAUUCGUGCAACUGGGUUGCCAAACUUUCCUUAAAUAUUUAAACCUGUUGAAUUAUUAAAGUGUUUUAGUUGUACCCAUUUGAAAUAUAUUUACUCAUAAAGUCAGUACAGUUCUGAAAUAUUCAGUACAAUGAUGAAUUUAGCUUUAUUGUUAGGUUGUAUUAGUUGUUAAGGUUAGAAACAUUCAGCAUUCGGUUCUGAAGUGAAUGAUUGUGGGCUUUUCUUCUCUACCUCCAUUUUAUCCUGUUUUUCAUCUCCGUUCUUCUAUUAACAUUUAAAAAUCCUUAGAUUUACGUUCCUUUGGACAUUUUGAUGUUAUUCUUAUUGUUUCACGAAUGUAAUAGUUUUACUUCUAAUGGUUUGGACUGUGCCAUAGUGUAAAAGUGCCAGCCGCUGAUUAAUAUCAGACAGAUGUGAAGUAUUUAUAAAGCUUUUUGUCACUUAAAUGAGAAUAUAUUUUCCCUGAACUGUAAAAUAAUUACGGUAGAUUAAAUAUGUAAAUACAUGCAUAUGAUUUACUGAUAUUGUUCUAGUUUACAUGAAUUAAAAAAAACUAACUGAUGUUAUUUUUGCUGUACAUAAAGCAAAUAAAAUCCUUCUCUAAACA